AUGUCCUCUCGACCGCCUACCCUCCGCAACCUCCAGACGUCGACCGUCUUCGUCAAUACGGCACUCGCUGGCCUCAAUCUAGGCCUCUCCGUCUUCGUCGUGCCCCGCCUGCUCGAGUCACCGACCCCGCUGAUGCUGCGUCAAUGGACCAACAUGUUCAAGAGAACCAGUCGCGCCUUUCCACCCCCGGUUCUCUUCUGUGUCUUGAGCUACUGGUACUUGGCCUACGCACUACGACACUUGCCUGGCAAGGCGAAGCUCUUCGCGACGGCAGGCGCCCUCUGCUUAUCCAUUGGUCCGUGGACGAGGAUCUUCCUGGUCCCCGUCAACAAGAAGUUGAAAGCAAAGGCCGAAGAAACAAGAGACAUGGGUAUCAUGGCCGUUGGCUUGACCCAAGAAGAAGAGGAGGGAGCCAAAUACCUGGUUGAUCAAUGGGGGCUGUACAACCUCGGAAGGAGCAUCGCACUUGGUCUUGGAGGUGCCAUCGGACUGUACACCAUCGUCUCCUGA